AAUUAAAUAAAGCUCGCUCUUCCACAUUGAGGUUCUUCUCUCUAAUUCCAUUCGAGCUUUCUCCUCGUGUGUAUCUGAGAGAUUUCUAGGGUUUUCAGUGAGAUUGAAAUUCCUUACGCACGCAGAGACUAGGGUUUUUAUUUUUUUAAUUUUCUUUCCUUCUUCAUGUUAACCGUGACGGUUCAUUGCAUUGGUUUCUGAAUGAAAUUUCACUUCCGAAACACCAAUCUCGGUUCCCCUCAAUGUGAUGACUUCUAUCGCCGCCGGUGAAUGGCUCGAUUUCGUUUCCGGCGCCUCCGUUUCUUCGCCAUCUUCGCGUUCGCCCUCGUCAGGCACAGUUUGUGUGACGAAUCCACGAGCAACGAGUUGGGGCGCGAUUUUUCCGUAACUGAUUUUGAUUGGAACCUUUUUCAUCAGGAUUACUCGCCGCCGGCUCCUCCGCCGCCACCGCCUCACCCGCCGUCGGUGUCGUGCGUGGACGAUCUUGGCGGGGUUGGGUCUCUGGACACGACGUGCAAGAUAGUGAACGAUGCGAACCUCACUCGCGAUGCGUACAUAGCAGGGAAGGGCAAUUUUAACAUCCUACCUGGGGUGAGGUUUCACUGCAAGAUUCCCGGGUGCAGGAUAAACUUUAAUAUUACUGGUAAUUUUAGUUUAGGUACCAACUCGUCGAUUGUCACCGGAGCUUUUGAGCUGGAGGCAGAGAAUGCUGUUUUUGGAAAUGGUACGGCGGUGAACACGACGGGAAUGGCGGGUCAGCCUCCUCCUCAGACGAGUGGUACUCCCCAAGGUGUUAGUGGGGGUGGCGGGGGGCAUGGUGGGAGGGGUGCCGGCUGUUUGGUUGACACGUCGAAGCUCCCGGAGGAUGUAUGGGGAGGGGAUCCGUAUGCAUGGGCUACGCUGCAGAACCCGUAUAGUUAUGGGAGCAAGGGUGGCUCCACAAGCAAGGAGAGUGACUAUGGUGGGUUGGGCGGUGGCCUUGUGAGGAUGGUUAUUCAUCAAGUUGUUGAGAUGAAUGCAACUGUGUUGGCUGAUGGGGCCGAUGGAGGGACCAAAGGUGGAGGUGGCUCUGGAGGCAGCAUCUACAUCAAGGCUCACAGAAUGACUGGUAGUGGGAUGAUAAGUGCUUGUGGAGGUAAUGGUUUUGCUGGUGGUGGCGGCGGGAGAGUUUCAGUUGACGUUUUCAGUAGGCAUGAUGAGCCCAAAAUUUACGUGCAUGGUGGUAGUAGCUUGGGCUGUCCUGAAAAUGCAGGUGCUGCUGGGACUCUCUAUGAUGCGGUUCCUCGAAGCCUUAUAGUUGAUAACUUUAACAUGACAACUGAUACAGAGACACUUCUGUUGGAGUUUCCUAAUCAACCUCUUUGGACUAAUGUUUAUGUUCGAAAUAAGGCUAGGGCCACGGUUCCUUUGCUUUGGAGUCGUGUACAGGUGCAAGGACAGAUAAGCCUAUUGCAGGGUGGGGUGUUGAGCUUUGGGCUGCGUCACUAUGCUACAUCGGAGUUUGAGUUACUGGCUGAAGAACUGUUAAUGAGUGAUUCUGUGAUGAAGGUAUAUGGAGCUCUUCGCAUGUCUGUAAAAAUGUUCUUGAUGUGGAACUCAAAAAUGCUCAUAGAUGGCGGGGAAGAUAUAACAGUGGCAACUUCUUUGCUUGAGGCUAGUAAUUUGAUUGUUCUCAGGGAGUCUUCUGUGAUACAUUCCAAUGCCAACCUUGGAGUUCAUGGACAAGGUCUACUUAAUUUGUCGGGCCCAGGAGAUUGGAUUGAAGCACAGCGUUUGGUUUUAUCCCUAUUUUAUAGUAUUCAUGUUGGGCCUGGAUCUGUCUUGCGUGGUCCAUUGGAGAAUGCCACAACUGAUGAUAUUACUCCAAAGCUUUACUGUGACAACAAAGAUUGCCCCUAUGAAUUACUUCAUCCUCCUGAAGAUUGCAAUGUGAAUUCAUCCUUGUCAUUCACACUUCAGAUCUGCCGGGUUGAGGACGUCCUUGUUGAAGGCCUUAUAAAAGGUUCUGUUGUUCAUUUCCACAGGGCAAGGACCAUAACUGUUGAAUCUUCUGGAAUAAUAUCUGCAUCUGGAAUGGGCUGUACUGGUGGUUUGGGCCGUGGGAAUAUUCUAAGUAAUGGUAUUGGCAGUGGUGGUGGACAUGGUGGUAAAGGUGGGGAGGCAUGUUAUAAUGAUACUUGUGUUGAGGGUGGGAUUUCAUAUGGGACUGCAAACCUUCCCUGUGAACUUGGUAGUGGAAGUGGAAAUGUCAGCUCAACUGGUAUCACAGCUGGGGGUGGUAUCAUUGUCAUGGGAUCAUUAGAACAUCCCUUGUCAAGUUUGUCCAUACAAGGCUCUGUAAGUGCUGACGGAGAGAAUUUUGAACCAGCAAUCAGAAUGGAAAAAUAUGCAAUUUUUGAUAAUUCAACUGGAGGUCCUGGGGGUGGAUCUGGUGGCACUAUACUGUUGUUUCUCCAUACCAUUGCUAUUGAUGAAUCAGCUAUUCUUUCCUCUAUGGGAGGAUGUGGCAGUUUUAAUGGAGGUGGUGGUGGAGGUGGUGGAAGAAUUCAUCUUCAUUGGUCUGACAUUCCCACUGGAGACGUUUAUCAGCCCAUUGCUAGUGUGAAAGGAGACAUCCUGACUGGGGGAGGAAAGGGUAAAGGCCAAGGUGGGUCUGGAGAAAAUGGCACGAUAACUGGGAAGGCUUGCCCCAAAGGGCUCUACGGUACAUUUUGUGAGGAAUGUCCAGCCGGCACUUACAAGAAUGUUACUGGAUCUGAUAGAUCACUUUGUCACCAUUGUCCUGUUAACGAGCUUCCUCACCGUGCUGCUUAUAUUUCAGUCAGAGGUGGUAUUGCUGAAACCCCCUGCCCUUACCAAUGCAUUUCAGACAGAUACCACAUGCCUGACUGUUACACAGCUCUUGAAGAGUUAAUUUACACAUUUGGUGGGCCUUGGUUAUUCGGUCUUUUUCUUACGGGUCUUUUGAUCCUGUUAGCACUGGUGCUUAGUGUCGCAAGAAUGAAAUUUGUCGGGGUCGAUGAAUUACCAGGCCCAGCACCCACCCAACAUGGCUCUCAAAUAGAUCACUCCUUCCCUUUCUUGGAGUCACUCAAUGAGGUCUUAGAAACAAACAGAGUCGAGGAGUCCCAGAGUCAUGUUCAUAGAAUGUUCUUUAUGGGACCUAAUACUUUCAGUGAGCCCUGGCAUCUGCCGCACACACCUUCUGAACAAAUACAGGAUAUUGUUUAUGAGAGUGCAUUCAAUACAUUUGUGGAUGAGAUUAAUGCUAUAGCAGCUUAUCAAUGGUGGGAGGGAGCAUUAUAUAGCAUUCUUUCUGUUCUUGCAUAUCCCCUAUCAUGGUCAUGGCAACAAUGGCGUAGGAGACUGAAGUUGCAACGUUUGCGCGAGUUUGUUCGAUCAGAGUAUGAUCACGCUUGCCUUCGUUCUUGCCGCUCACGAGCUCUAUAUGAAGGGAUUAAGGUAAAUGCAACUUCUGACUUGAUGCUUGCUUAUGUGGACUUCUUUCUUGGUGGGGAUGAAAAGAGGACAGACCUUCCUCCCAGAUUAACUGAAAGGUUCCCGAUGUCAUUGCUUUUUGGAGGUGAUGGAAGCUAUAUGGCUCCAUUCUCCCUUCAAAAUGAUAAUAUCCUUACUAGCCUCAUGAGUCAGUCUGUUCAACCUACAACAUGGUAUCGAUUGGUUGCUGGGCUGAAUGCACAAUUGCGGUUAGUUCGCCGUGGAAGACUAAAAGUAACAUUUCGUCCUGUCCUUAGAUGGCUUGAGACUCAUGCCAAUCCUGCUUUGAGUAUCCAUGGUGUACGCGUUGAUCUUGCCUGGUUUCAGGCCACAAGUAGUGGCUAUUGCCACUAUGGACUUGUGGUUUAUGCUCUCGAGGAAGGUUAUCCAGCCACUGGAGGAAGUAUUGAUGGAGCUUAUAGAACUGAGGAAAGAUCACGGCUUCAGAGUGUUAAGAAGGAACAUCCUUUGGGGCUUGCAAGAAACAGAACCCAACUAAGCCCCGGUGGAAGAAUUGAGGACAAUUAUAUGAGGCGAAAGACUCAUGGAGCUACUUUAGAUGUAAACAAUUUGCAUAUGCUUGACGAGAAGAGAGAUAUCUUUUAUCUUCUCUCUUUUAUACUUCAUAAUACAAAACCUGUUGGGCAUCAGGAUCUUGUUGGUUUAGUAAUCUCAAUGUUGCUUCUAGGAGAUUUUAGUUUAGUGUUACUUACCUUGCUUCAGUUAUAUUCAAUUUCUUUGGUGGAUGUCUUCCUGGUAUUGUUUACAUUACCUUUUGGCAUUCUCCUCCCAUUUCCUGUUGGAAUUAAUGCUCUCUUUAGUCAUGGACCAAGGCGUUCUGCAGGCCUUGCACGCCUUUAUGCUCUGUGGAACCUUACGUCCUUCAUAAAUGUUGUGGUUGCAUUUCUUUGCGGAUAUAUUCAUUACAACUCUCAAUCGUCUUCCAGUAAAAGACACCCCAGCAUUCAGCCAUGGAGUAUCAUGGACGAAAGUGAAUGGUGGAUUUUUCCAGCUGGAUUGGUUUUGUGUAAAUUGUUCCAAUCUCAACUCAUCAAUUGGCAUGUUGCCAAUCUGGAAAUUCAAGACCGUUCCUUGUAUAGUAACGAUUUUGAGCUGUUCUGGCAGUCAUGAUGGUAUGUUCACAGCAUAAAUUUAACAUUAACUUUCCCCCCCUUUCCCUGUUCUCUUGAUCCAUCACAUGUUUGAUUUAUGUACGGUCUUGUAGAAUAGGUCAAAGAUUGACGUAGAGAUGGUAGGAAACCUCGAGGUGGGAAAGAAUAGAACUACAGAAAUCCAUAGUAGAAGUUGUAGAGGCAUUCAUUACUGUAACACCUAAUGUUACCAUAGCUUUUUUGUUUUUGUUUUUUAUGAAAAUAUAUCAUUUUCACCUUGAAUUUCCCCACUGUGUAAAUAUCAAGUAUCUAAGCACUCUUGAAUAUGUUGUUAUUUGUUGACUACUCGUAACUCAUGCCUAUUUUUUCUUCAAGUUCAUUAAAAUCAGAAGAGAGAAUUUGGGUGUAUUUGGAUAGGAUUUGAGCUUCGAGCCCCCAAAACAUCAAUUAUAUAUAUU